AGGGCCCAGCUCUGUCCUCUCCUUCAGGCCCAGAGGGAAACAGAGCCUGGUCUCAGCCUCCAGUCAUGGCCCCAAGGCUUGGGCUCCAGCUCUGGGCACGGCCUGGUCACACUGGAACUCUUUCAGGAAGAAGCGUCUGGGGCAAUCGGACAGACGUGGGCACUAGAGAUUUUCCAGCCCUGGCUUCUGGGAUCUGGGCAGAGUGCAUGAUCUUGGGCAAAUCCCUCUUUGUUUCCCAUCUGGAAAUUGAGGGAGGGGAUGUUGAGUCUGGUCUAUGCUUCCCCUGCAAGCUGCUCCUUCUUGCCAUCUCUAUCUUCCUGGGGCCAAGCCAGCCCCGGAACACCAAGGGCAAAAGGAAGGGGCAAGGAAGACCUGGCCCCUUGGCCCCCGGGCCUCACCAGGUGCCACUGGACAUGGUAUCGCGAGGAAAGCCCUACGCUCGAAUGGAAGAGUACGAGAGGAACCUCGGAGAGAUGGUGGCCCAGCUGAGGAACAGCUCUGAGCCAGCCAAGAGGAAAUGCGAGGUCAACCUGCAGCUGUGGCUGUCCAACAAGAGAAGCCUGUCUCCUUGGGGAUACAGCAUCAACCACGACCCCAGCCGCAUCCCUGCGGACUUGCCCGAAGCACGGUGCCUAUGUCUGGGCUGCGUGAACCCCUUCACCAUGCAGGAGGACCGCAGCAUGGUGAGCGUGCCAGUGUUCAGCCAGGUGCCAGUGCGUCGCCGCCUCUGUCCGCCAGCUCCGCGCCCCGGUCCCUGUCGCCACCGCGUCGUCAUGGAGACCAUCGCUGUGGGUUGCACCUGCAUCUUCUGAACCAUCAACCCAGUGGCCACCGCAGCUCCUUCCUCCCUGUGCCCACUGUGCCCCGC